AUGAGAGCCGCUUUCCUCCUCCCACGUCCAUUCUCAACCAUGCCUCUUAUGCUUCCGGAGAAAUUUCACCACAUAUUACGUGUGAUGAAUACAAACAUUGAUGGCGAACGUAAAAUUGUUUACGCUGUUACCGCCAUUAAAGGAGUUGGCCGUAGAUACGCCACCGUUGUAUGUAAAAAAGCAGAUAUCGACAUGAACAAGCGUGCGGGAGAAUUAACGGAGGAUGAGAUUGAAAAAUUUACAACAGUCAUGAAUAAUCCCCGGCAAUAUAAAAUCCCCGAUUGGUUUCUAAACAGGCAGAAAGACAUUGACGACGGGAAGCAUUGUCAAAUAAUCUCUGGCGCCCUAGAAACAAAACUCAGAGAAGAUCUUGAAAGACUAAAGAGGAUUAAAGCUCAUCGUGGUCUUAGGCACUACUGGGGACUUCGAGUUCGUGGUCAGCAUACCAAAACUACAGGACGCCGGGGAAGAACGGUUGGUGUAUCCAAAAAGAAAGGCGGUUGA